GCGGCGGGUGGUCGUUCGGGCGCUCGCGGUGCUGCUGCUGGUGGGCGGGCUCGCGCUGGUCGGCGGGUGGUUGUACCUGACGCGGUCGGGGACGGUGCGGGGGAUGGUGAUGUCGCGGGUGGAAUCCGCGCUGGCGUGCGAGGCGACGUGCUCGAGCGUGUCGAUUUCGCUCGGCGGGCGGGUGGUGGUGCGUGAUCUGAUCCUGCGGGUGCCCGGGAUGGACGGGCGCGCGGGCGAGUUCCUGCUCGCGGAGCGCGCGGUGGCGGACGUGGACCUGGGCGUCGCGGCGACGGGCGCGUCGGACGCGGUGCGGUCGAUCGAGCUCGUCGGGGCGAUGAUCCGGCUGAGCCAGUCGGAGGACCUGCGGCUGAAUAUCGAGGGGCUCGGCUCGUCCGGGGCCGGGGCGAUGGUGCGCGUGCCGGCGGUGCGCGUGCGCGAGGGGCGGCUCGAGCUGGGCGAGCACGAGGGCGCGUCGUACAGCCCGCUGACGGAUCUGACGGUGACGGGCCUGCUCGACAGCGACCCGGACGACCCGAGCGUGCUCCGCUUCGAGCUGGCGGAGGGCGACGGCGAGGCGUCGGGGGCGCUGACGCUGGCGGGGUCGUUCGACCUCGAGACGCUCGACGGCGAGGCGCGGCUGACGAACGUGGACCUGGAGCGGUGGGGCGAGGCGCCGGCGCCGCGACGGUUCCGCGACGUGUGGGCGGACCUCGGGCUCGCGGGCUCGGUGGACGAGGCGCGGCUCUCGUACGGCGAAGACUCGGGGCUGAGCGUGGUGAUCUCGCUCCGGGAGGUGGACCUGGACCUGCCGAUCACGGGUCGGAUCGGCGCGGCGCUGGAGGGCGCGGCGGCGGAGGCGAUCGACCUGCGGCGUGUGGCCGGCGACCUGCGUUUCGAGCGGGGCGGGUUCGGGGCGGACCUGCAGGGCCUGAUCGCGGAGCUGCCGGUGCGCGUGAGCUUCGAGUCGCAGGGGUACGCCCCGGAUUCGCCGUUCGUGGCGCGGAUCGUGUCGACGGGGUUCAAGUUCGAGGAGCGGCCGUCGCUUUUGCCGUUCGCGCCGCGGAACAUCCGCGAGCUGUUCGAGCGGUUCAGCUCGCCCAGCGCGGAGGUGGACGGUUCGGUGAGCGUGGCGCGGCUGCCGGACGGGCGGCUCGCGGUCUCCGGCGCGUUCUCGCUGCGCGACGGUUUCGUGCUGUACGACGCGUUCCCGUACCCGAUCGGCGGCGUGUCGGCGCAGGUGGAGUUCGACGACGAGUCGGUGCGCAUCGUGAACGUGGCGGGGACGGGGCCGACGGGCGCGACGUUCAGCGCGAGCGGCGCCAUCGCGCCGCUCGGGACGGACGCGGCGCUCGCGCUGGAGGUGGGGCUGUACGGCGUCCCGCUGGACGAGCACUUCCGCGACGCGUUGCCCGAGAGCGUGUUCGACGUCUUCGGCUCGGUCGCGCACGCGCCGUCGUACGCGGAGCUCGUGUCCCGCGGGCUGGUGAUGGGCUCGGACCUCGACGCGGAGCUGGAGGUCGAGCGCGUGGGCCUCGAGGUGGAGAUCGCGCGGGGUGAGCGUCGGGGGGACGAGGAGGCGGACCUCGCCGAGUUGCGGAUCCGGCUCGCGGAGGUGCUCGAGCUGGAGCGCGUGCCGGUGUACGACCUCGGCGGGACGGUGGAUUUCGAGGCGACGAUCGAGCAGACCUUCGGGCGCUCGCCCGCGCUGAGCGGGGACAUCACCGGCACGGUGCGCAACGUGGCGAUGCUCCCGCGGCUGUUCCCGUACCCGCUCGUGGUCCCCGAGAUGAAGAUCGUGGUGCGCGACUGGACGGCGUUCAUCGAGCCGAGCGCCUUCGUCGGGCUCACGGGGGCGCGGGGGACGCUGAGCGCCGAGAUCCCGGACCUGAACGAGGCGGAGCGCGACGCGCUGUCGAGCGUGGAGGUGAUGAUCGAUGUCGCGCCGGCGGACGAAUUCCUGCUCCACGCGUUGCCGGGGCCGCGGGAGGGCGUGGGCCCGCUCGAGGACGGCUCGGCCGAGGGCGUGGCGCGCCGGCUGGGGCUCGGGGGCGUGGGCAGAGAUGUGCGGGUGUCGAUCGGCGAGCGCGGGUCGAGCGGCGUGCACGGGGUGGACGUGGUGCUGCCGCUGGACGGCGGGGGCGUGACGCUCAGCCCGCCGGGGAGCGGGAUGGUGGUCUCGACGUCGCGCGGGUCGCUGCGCGUGACCGAGUCGAGCCUCACGCUCCGGAUCGAGGAGGGCGAGCUCGACGGGUCUCCGCUGCGGGCGGAGAUCGACACGACGUACGGGGCCGGGCGGCCGGUGGACGUGGUGGGCCGGAUCGACCUUCCGGGGCUCGACCUGAGCACGGAGGUGGAGGGGUUCUUCGAGACGAUCGUGCCGGGCGCGGUGGCGUCGGCGCGCGAGGCGCGGGCGCGGUACGCGCCGUCGGGCGUGGCGGACGUGGGCGUGCUCAUCGGGACGGGGCCGGGGGAUCCGGGGGAUCCCGGGGGGCCGGGGGGGAGUUCGGGCGUGUCGUUCGGGAACGGUCGCGAUAUCGAGCUGACGGCGUUCGGGGGGCGCGUGGGGCUGGCGACGCUCGGGGGCGAGGUGUUCACGAACGGGUCGCGGACGGUCUUCUCGGGGGUGGAGGGCGCGGCGCUGACGUACGGCGGCGAGCCUGUCGGUCGGCUGAGCGCCGAGGGGGUGUUCAGCGCGGGGGGCGCGGCGCGCCCGGGUGAUUCGUUGUCGCUGAGCGUGCUGGACGCGCGGGUGGAGAGCGGGGCGAUCCGCAACGCGGUGCGCGAGCGGAGCCCGCGGCUCGCGGAGUGGCUCGACACGCACGGGGCGCGCGGGACGUUCGAUAUCGGCGUCGAGCAGCGCCCGGGCGAGGCGGGGCUGCACGGGUGGUUCAACCCGGAGGUCUUCGAGAUCGUGCGGCGCGGGGAGCGGAUGCGGAUCGAGUUCACGGGGGGCGAGAUCGCGUUCGACGAGCGCGGCGGGACGAUCGAUUCGGUCGUGGCGGGGAUGGAGUCGUGGACGCUCGACCUGAACGGCGGCUGGUCGACGGAGGGCGAGGGCUCGGUGCGGAUCGACGUCGGGGCGCGGGGCGAGACGCUCAGCGCGCCGGUGCUCGCGGCCCUGCCGGCGCCGGUGGCGAAGACGCUGGCGUCGCUGGAGCUGGAUGUGGGCGAGGACUUCGAGAUGCGCGACGCGUCGUUCGAGGUCGAGCGGGCGUUCGGCGGGGGGACGCCCCGGACGGAGUUCGCCGGGACGCUCCUGUUCACCGACGCGAGCCUGCGCGCGGGGGUGGUGAUCGAGAAGAUCGACGGCACGGCGGCGAUGACGAUCUACGACGACGGCUCCUCGGCGCUGCCGGACCUGGACAUCGCGAUCGACGCGGCGUCGCUCGAGCUGGCCGGGGUGGGGCUGUCCUCGGGGCGGGUGCGCAUCGUGACGGGGAUGGACGAGGGCGUGCUCGCGAUCCCGAGCCUGCGCCUGUACGGGCACGGCGGGCUGGUGACGGGGUACGCGGAGGUUCGCUUCGCGGACGAGUACGGCGUGGAGCUUGUGCGCAAGCCGGUGCGGAUGCGGUUCGACGCGAGCGGUCUGGCGUUCAGCUCUUUUUAUGAAGAUCUGUUGAGCGAGCUGGACGUCGCGCCGAGCCUUCGGGGACUGAGCGAGGCGGAGACGGGCGUGCUGGACGCGAGCCUGUCGAUCGAGACGGUGCUGGGGGACACGGGGGCGACGGAGGGGCGGGGGCUCGUGCGGGUGCGGAGCGGGAACAUCGUGGAGAUGCCGGGCGUGCUGCCUCUGCUGGAGCUGAGCAACCUGCAGGCGCCGUUCGGGGAGCGUCUGGAAAUUGGGUACGCGGAUUUCUUUGUGCUGGGCGACCGGCUGGUGUUCGACGUGCUGGAGGCGACGUCGCCCAGCUUGCUGAUCACGGGCGAGGGUGGCGUGCGGUACACGACGGGUGAGAUCGACCUGGCGUUCCGGACGCGCGGGGGCCGGGCGAUCCCGAUCGUGAGCACGGUCCUGGAGGGCGUGCGGGACGAAUUCUUCACGGCGCGGGUGCGGGGGACGCUCGCGGAGCCGGCGUGGACGAUGGAGCAGCUCCCGGCGACGCGCCGGUUUUUGACUACCAUCUUCGAGGGCGAGCCCGUCGGAAACGGAAGAAUCACCAUGAACCGAGUGACCGAGACGCCGACCGGAGCCGCGCCCAGACGACCGGAGCGCGCCGUGGACCUGCCGGCGUUCCAGGAGAAGGUUCGCGAGCUCGUGAUCGAGUGCGGCGCGGACCCCGCGAACGCGGACAGCGAGAUCAUCACGGACCUCGUGCUCAACGCGCUGAAGCUCGUGACGGACGGGCGCGACCGGGGCGAGCUGAAGCUGCUCCGCUCCUCGUUCAAGGAGAUGCGCUACGCGUACAACGUCUUCGAGCGGUACACCGACGUGCCCAAGAUCUCGAUCUUCGGCAGCGCGCGCACGAAGCCGGACCACCCGGACUACAAGGCCGCGGUGGAGUUCUCCAAGGAGAUGGCCGACCGCGGGUGGCUCAGCAUCACCGGGGCGGGCGACGGGAUCAUGCGGGCCGGGCACGAGGGGCCGGGGCGCGAGUCGAGCUUCGGCCUGGCGAUCCGCCUGCCGUUCGAGACGACGGCGAACGACAUCAUCCUGGGCGACGACAAGCUGAUCCACUUCCGCUACUUCUUCACGCGCAAGCUCAUGUUCGUGAGCCAGUCCAGCGCCGUGGCGGUCUUCCCGGGCGGCUUCGGCACGCAGGACGAGAUCUUCGAGGCGCUCACGCUCAUCCAGACGGGCAAGAGCGCGAUGGUGCCCGUCGUCCUCGUCGAGGGCGAGAACGGCAGCUACUGGAAGCACUGGAUGAACUACAUCGAGAAGUCCCUCCUCGGCGGCGGGUUCAUCUCGCCCGAGGACAUGGACCUGUUCCACAUCGCCAAGUCCACGGAGGAGGCCGCGGCGUACGUCUGCGAGUUCUUCCGCAACUACCACUCCUCGCGGUACGUCGGCGACGACUACGUGAUCCGGCUGAAGAAGCCGCUGACGGACAAGGCGGUCGGCGAGCUGAAUGAGGAGUUCGAGGUGCUCAUCCGCGAGGGGCAGAUCGUCCAGCGGGAGGCGUACCCGAUCGAGGACGAGUUCAUGGACCUGCCGCGACUGGCGUUCACGCACACGCGCCACCACAUCGGCCUUCUCCGCCGGCUGAUCGACCGCGUGAACGACGAGGCGAACAUCGCGAAGUGA